AUGGUGGAAAAUCUCGGAGGUCUCAUUGAUCCUUUAGUUCAUGAUAGAAGAGAAGCAACUAAAGAGUUAUGGAAGUGCUUGAACAUAAAAGAUUUCAUGCUCCGGCAAAAAUCUCGCAACCUUUGGUUGGAAGAAGGAGAUAAAAAUUCUAGGUUCUUUCAUAAUGCUAUCAAGGAUAGACAAAGGCGUAAUGCAAUAUCUAAGUUGGAAGGAAAGGAUGGCAUAGUUUUGACUGAGGAGGAUGUGGUGUUGAUGGAAAGAAGCUUUACGGAAGAGGAGGUGAAAGAGGCCGUUUGGUCUUGUGAUGGCAACAAAAGUCCAGGGCCGGAUGGUUUUUCUUUGGAAUUCUUCAAAGUGUGUUGGAAUGUGAUCAAGGAUGAUGUUCUUUUGUUCGUGAGGGAUUUUCAUGAAAAAGAUAUUCUCAGUAAAUAUUGUUCAUCUUCUUUUAUAACUCUAAUACCAAAAGUGUCAAACCCCCAAUCCUUGAGUGACUAUCGGCCUAUAUGCCUAGUCGGUAGUUUAUACAAGAUUUUAGCAAAAAUGAUGGCAACAAGAUUGAGACGGCUGAUUAGGAAGUUGGUUUUGAGAAAUCAAACGACUUUCAUUCUGGGGAGAUACAUUUUGGACGGAGUUCUUGUGGUGAAUGAAGCGUUGGAUCUAGCGAAAAGAAGAAAGAGAGGUUGUGUUGUGUUGAAGGUCGACUUUGAAAAAGCAUAUGAUAGAGUAAGUUGGAAUUUUGUGAGAUAUGUCUUAAGAAAGAUGGGUUUUGGUGAUCGUUGGAUGAGAUGGAUGGAGGGGAGUAUCUUUACCAAUUCUGUUAAUGUUGGUGAUUGUUACAUGGAAGCUGCGUCUUCUUUUCUUUCGUGUAAAGUGGGACAUUUGCCUUUUAAGUUUCUUGGUGUUAGGGUUGGAGGAGAUCCGAGGAAGUUUUCAUUGUGGAAAGAUUUAUUGAAGAUGUUAAAAUACUCCAAAAUGGUGUUAGAUGAGAUUAGAUCUUUACAAAGCAAAUUUCUUUGGAACGGGAGCGAUCUUAAAAAGUCUAUCAACUGGGUGUCUUGGGAUACGGUUUGCAAAACCCGUGAGGAGGGAUGCCUCGGAGUCAAGAAUUUCGAAAUUAUGAAUGUGGCCUUAAUUCGUAAAUGGAAGUGGAGAAUGCUUGUGGAAAAGGAAGCGGUUUGGAGGGAUAUUUUAGAAGCAAGAUAUGGUAAUUUGAUGCUAAAAGUUUUAGUUGGGGAUAAUUCGGUAGUGGAAAAGAAAGAUUCAAUUUGGUGGAGAGAUAUAAUUACUUCAGAUAAUUAUGAGAAUCUCAAUAACAAUCACUUCGCGGGAGAUAUUGACUGUUCUGUAGGGAACGGAGCAGAAAUUCCUCUUCGGUAUGCUUGUUGGUUGGGUCCGCAAAUGUUAAUGGAGGCUUUUGUAGAGUUGUUUGGUUAUGCAGAAAAUCACUUGGCUGCUGUUAGUAGUGCAGGAUCUGUGUGUGAUGGCAAAUGGAUGUGGAGCGUGGAUCAUUUGGUGACCGACUGUUGUGCUGACAGCGUCAUUCAGCAGCAAUUAACGUUGCUGGCUGAUCUGAGUUCUCUAAUGCAGCAGCUGGAAGUUCGUGACAGCGGUGAUGAUGGCUUCGUUUGGAAUCUGUGUGCGGAAUGA